UCUCCCCACCAACGCAAAUCACAUCCGAAUCCAUAGCAGAUUUCAUCGAUGGAAACCCUAGGCGGCGAUUGCAUCAGUGGAAAACCCUAGACAUACGGUGAAUUCAUCCUAGUAUUUUGGCACUUUCAUGACUAUAGGUGACUCGUGUUGAAGUUGUAAUUGGAAGCAAAAGGAAGACAACUAGAGAUCUGGAGGAGGUUAAUAAAGAUCGUACUGGAUCUGAUAGCGAAGAAACACCCGAGGGGAAUGGUGAAGAAGUAACGCACACUCAACUCCUAUCGAUGCUUCCAUACUCCAGAGUUGAUGAAGGUGUUGAGAAUGGGUGGAGUGCGUGCUUAAAUUACAAUGAAAAGUACAAGUCACCCGAAUCUCCUUCUCGGUUGUUCCUGAGUACAUUCCUAAGUUGGCAGAGUUAUAUCGUUCUUGCUCAGCAUUCGGAAUGGAAUGAGGAUGAAGCAAUGAGUGUAUUUGAGGAGAGGGUGUUGGACAAGGUAAAAUACAUAGACAACUUCAAAUGGGACAACUACAAUCUGAUUUUAGACAACAUAGUUUCUGGAGGGGAUAUUAGAACGAGAUAUGGCAUCGUGGUGGAAAAGCUGAUUUUGUGUUUUAUACAUGUAUUGGAGAAGUGUCAUUGUGUAACCUACGGACGUAUGCUUGGACGAGCUAAAACGGAGCUGCUUCCCGUGAAGUGGAUGAUAAAAGGCAUCACCUCUAACUGUGGUAUGUUUGCUAUGCGACACAUGGAGACAUAUUGUCACGACCGCACUUUGCUAAGGAUAGCAAACACGGUUUAUCGCGACUAGGGGAGGAUUAAAGAAGCGGGGAAGAAAGGGGAAUCUCGACAAAACUGAAAUUUGGAAUGACAUCAACUUGAGAUAGCUUGGAAAAUAUAUCAGAGUGCAUAAUACAAAAGAAUAUAAGCUCGUUAAUUACAUUGCAGCGGAAGAGUCAAGAGAGAGUGACACCGUGUAUGGAGACACGAUGCAUCCGAGCAUUGAUCAACUAAAACACAUUCGCCAUUUCUGCUCAACAUCGCCCCUCUUUGCCACCGCUUAACCUGCAUAUUUAGAAAUAUAUGGAGGGCUGAGUACAUAGCCCCUUUUUUUAUGUACUUAGCCAUAUCUGGUCAUCUUGUGCCGCGGAGAUGGUAUUCUCAUACGGUCACCUUCCCUGCCCAACAGGUCAGAGGUAUCCUUGUGCCCUGAGAUGGUGUUCUCAUACGAUCACCUUCUCUGCCCAACAGGUUAGAGGUAUCCUUGUGUCGGGAAGGUGGCCACCUUCCACGAUCA